AUGUCCGAAGAGGAAUUAACUGGCAAUUCGUCGAAAAAGAAUAAGCAUAGAAGUUCACCAUUAAUGGAAUCAUCGAAGCCAACGGACAAUAAAAAUCCAAUUAGUCCGAGUGCUCUUGAGAUGCUGAUGACGAAGUUAGAAAAACUGACGACCAAAGAAAAAGAAAAAGAUACGAAGCAAAAGUUAUCAUCAUUGACAAUUGAGGGUAUUGCUGAAUAUAUUCGCAGUGGUGAAGUUAAAAAUAUAAUUGUUUUAACAGGAGCAGGCAUAUCAACAUCCGCUGGCGUUCCGGAUUUUCGAAGUCCAGGUACUGGCUUAUAUGAUAAUCUAUCACAGUACAAUUUGCCGGACCCAAUGGCUAUUUUUGAUAUUUCCUAUUUCAAGAAACAUCCUGAACCAUUUUACAAAUUAGCAAAAGAUUUGUUCCCAUCACAUUUGAAGCCUACUCCUUGUCAUUAUUUGAUUCGUCUAAUGGAUGAAAAAGGUUUGCUGUUAAGGUGGUACACGCAGAAUAUUGAUUCCUUAGAAUUUGUGACAGGCAUCAAUGAAGAUAAGUUGGUGACAGCGCAUGGAUGUCAUCACACAAGCACUUGUUUAUCAUGUCGUGCAAAAUUUGAUCUGAAUUGGAUAAUGAAUAAAGUAUUUGUGGAACAUGUCAAAGUAGCACACUGCGAUAAGUGUGGUGGAAUCGUUAAGCCAGAUAUCGUAUUUUUUGGCGAAAAUCUUCCUGCACGAUUUUUCAAUUACUCAAUCAGAGAUUUUCCCAAAUGUGAUCUUCUGAUUAUUAUGGGAACAUCUCUCGUCGUACAUCCUUUCGCAGGAUUAGUUGAUGAAGUAAACGAUGAUGUGCCACGAUUAUUGAUCAAUUUAACAGAAGCUGGACAUAGUACAAGCUCAUUAUUUCCAUAUGGUGGUAGUUCUGGCUUAUGUUAUCAUGAUAAAGAUAAUUACAGAGAUGUAUUUUGGCAAGGCACAACAGAUGAUGGUGCUUGGAAAUUAGCCGAAUUAUUGGGAUGGAAGACAGAGUUGAACAAAUUAAUAGAGACAGAAUUGAAAAAAAUCAAUGAAAAGGAGGAAAAAGAUGAGAAAAAUAUCAAGUCUACUGUUACAACAAUUGAUAACAUCAGUAUUAAUGAAGAAAAGAAUGGGAAAUCGAUUGAGCGAGACAAAUCAGUUGAUGAAAAAUCAAACAAAUUAUAA